AUGGUUGCUUCAAAUGGAACUGAGACGGGCGCUACCCGAGGUGUUGCUGAUGUCGUCGGUCCUUUGGGGAUUGAGAGUGCUAGCUUGAAGGGAAAGGUUGCUUUGGUCACUGGCGCCGGUAAGCGAAAACACUCCAUACGCAACACAAUUUCUAAUCGAUCUAAGGCCGUGGUAUCGGUCGUGAGAUGGCCAUCGAGUUGGGACGCCGAGGCGCAAAAGUCGUUGUCAACUACGCCAACAGCUCCGAGUCCGCUGAGGAAGCCGUCGCUAUGAUCAAGAAGACCGGAAGCGACGCCAUCGCCAUCAAGGCCAAUGUCUCUGUCGUCAAGGAGAUUGUCAGCUUGUUCGAUCAGGCUGUUGCACACUUUGGCGAGCUCAAUAUUGUCUGCUCGAACUCUGGUGUUGUCUCUUUUGGACACAUUGGUGAUGUUGAGGAGGAGGAGUAUGAUCGUGUCAUGAACAUCAACACGCGAGGACAGUUCUUCGUCGCUAGAGAAGCUUACAGAAAUUUGUCUGUUGGUGGUCGUUUGAUCAUGAUGGGUAGUAUCACCGGUCAGGCCAAGGGUGUUCCAAAGCACACUUUGUACUCUGGAAGCAAGGGUGCUAUUGAGACAUUCGUUCGAUGCAUGGCUAUUGGUAUGUAUAAGUCCUAAUCCCCAUGUGAUACUGUCACUAAAGAUAGGUAGAUAUGGGUGACAAGAAGAUCACUGUCAACUGCAUCGCACCAGGUGGAAUCAAGACCGACAUGUACCACAAGGUCUGCCGAGAGUACAUUCCAAAUGGAGCCAACUUGAACGAUGAGCAAGUCGAUGAGGUAUGUAAUAUACUUCCAUAUCCUGAAUCCAAACUAACCAUUCAAUAGUACGCUGCCACAUGGUCCCCACUUCACCGUGUCGGUCUCCCAAUCGAUAUUGCUCGAGUCGUCUGCUUCCUUGCCAGUCAGGAUGGUGAGUGGAUCAACGGAAAGGUGUUGGGUAUCGACGGCGCUGCUUGCAUGUAA